GUCUACAUGUAAAUGUCAUACCGGGUAGAUCUAGAUGCACUAUAAUACAAGGGUGACAGUGACGUAACUCAAUAACAACUAGUUAGCUACUAUAGCUACAUUAGUAGCUAGCUAUGGCAGUCAGAUGCAGAGGCUAUGGUUGUGUUUCUUUUGUGGCAAUGUUUGUUGCAAUGGGUGCUUUUGUCUGUGGAUACAGUAUUGGAUCUUUCAAUGGGUUGCAGAACUACUCAGGAUUUCUGCAGUACUUUGCACUGGGAAACAGCUCUACAAACUCCAGUUGCACAGAUACGUCACACUUAACAGAAGAUAAACUGUUAAUUUUGGGAGCCAUUAUUUCAAUAAUAAGUAUUGGAGGAGCCAUUGGGAACCUCUUUGCUGGCAAAAUUGUUGACUAUAUCGGGCGUAAAGUGUCUCUGGUGGUAUCAGGAGCGAUUGUUGUUCUUGGAGCAGUAAUUCAGAGUGCUGCAGUGCAGAGUGCUUCAUGGAUGCUUAUAUUAGGGCGCUUUGUUGCUGGUGUAGGAUAUGGUGGAAUCUACAUGGCUGGUUCUAUAUACAUUGCUGAGAUUGCUCCCAAGCACAUUCGUGGCAGCUUAACUGCUCUCCCUGGACCAGCAAUAGCUGUGGGAAUUAUAGCUGGCCACAUCAGCAAUCUUUUGCUGUAUGAACAUCCAUUUGGCUGGAGAGUGUCACGUAUUCUGAACUGUAUAUUUGGUUGUGUCUACAUUGCUGGUAUGGUCUUCAUGCCCAGGACACCAAGGUGGCUGAUGUUGAAGGGAAGAGAACCAGAAGCCCGAGAAGUGCUCAGAAUAGCUGCCUCCGAGCUGGGACAGGAGGGAAUUGAAGAUGAGCUUAAAUGCAUUAGAUUGGCAUUAGAUUCAGUAGCAAAUUCGAGCUUUGUUGAAGAAUUAAAGCUGUUAUUUACAAACUCUAAGAAAUUGGAAAGAUUAAUUCUGGGAAUCGUACUUCAUUUCUUUUCAUCAGCCUGCGGAAAUUCUGUUUUCUACUACUCUGAGCCAUUGUUUUGUUCUCUGGGGAUAGUUCCGUUUGUGACUGCUCUUGUGAUUGGAGGUUUAAUCCUUUGUGGAAAUAUUUUUUCGAUUCUAGUCAUCGAUAAACUGGGCAGAAAGCCACUAUUGGUUGGUGGUGGCCUGAUUAUGUUUGUCUUCACUGGAACAGCUGCUACCCUUACCUAUGUCUUCAACUUGGAUGAAGAAGGCGAUCAUGACACUAUUGGCUAUCUUGUUGUGUGUCUUAUUUGCUUGUUUAUGCUCGUCUUCUCAGCCACCUGGCAUACUGUCCCAUGGGUUGUCACUAGUGAGAUUUUUCCUCUGGAAGGAAGAGCUGUUAUGGUAGCUAUUGCCACGGCAACAAACUGGGGAACAACAUACCUCUUUACUCAAGCAUUUCCCUCAAUUCUGGCUUCUUUCCAAACAUUUGGUUCUCUGUAUAUGUAUAGCAUUUUUCAUCUAUCUGCUGCUGUGUUUUUUUUCCUCUUAUUACCAGAGACUAAGGGUGUUAGUCUUGAAGAAAUUGAGAAGAUAUUUGCUAAACCGUGGCUGGAGAGAAUUCUUGUGGCAAUCUUCCCAGGUCAAGUUGGCUACCUAUAGCGUUGUUUAGAGACAACUCGGCCUGGACAACGGCUAGGGUUUCAUACAGAGGAGUGAAAGGGGAGUACCUUGGGAUUUCUUCCCCUAGAAAUAGGAAUGAAUGUUGUCAUAAAAAAAUGUGGUGUUUUACAAUAGAGGAAUUUAUAGCUAUAAUUUUCCUACAAUCUCAUUAACUAUAUAACUAGAGCACUGAAGUGCAAACCCUUGGCGUUAAUUUGAGGUUUAGUGAGUCUACAGUCUCGAGUCAAAGCCGCUUGUACAUCUAGGUCAACGUGGCAGGUUCGAGCUUUUUAGCUUUUUAGCUUUUGCUCGCUUUUAUUCGACAAUGAAGCUUUAACAUCAAAAUCUGCCAAAUUUAAAACUUCUACCUUCUUAAAACACAUAAUUUCAGUGCAAAGUCAACAAUUCAUAUCUUCCUCCAUGUUUUCCUAUACAUAGAAGAUGUAAAUUGUUGUGGGGAUGCUCCAAUAGCAUCACUGGCUCAGCUCUCAAGUAAUGUGGAAUCACAGAUAGAAGUCGAGAGAGAAACUGUUGUAUCAUGGUGGAAUCACAAUAGCAGUUUCCUUUCGGGACAAGGGUAAUCUUGGACAGUCCUAACCAAUUCGGGACAGCUGGCACCUAUGUGCCUCAUGCUGCAUGAGGCCUGAUUCAUAGAAUGACAUGGUGCAGUGUGAUGGCUGUGAGACCAGUGGUAUACUACUGUACAUGCAUGAAACGUGUGUGUGUGAGGAGAGCUGCAUUCAGUAACUGGCACUGCAUAGACUGUGAAGACCAUAGAAGACUGUAUUGGUGUAUUUUGAGAAUGCACUGUCACAUAAUGUUACCGCUGUUGCGCUGUUAAUGGGGGGCCUAAAAUGUUAAAAUUAUAGGCCCAGGGGGGCCCAAUCUCAUGGGGGGCCUAAAGUUUUAUGACACCGGCUGUGUUGAAACGUGACCAAACAGUUAAAAAUAAAUUUAAC